AUUGUACAAACCACUAUCCACAAAAUAGCACUAAUCACAAAAACAAUCUAAAAAUAACAGAUUUUACAAUUACUCAAUUAGAGUUCUUAGAUAAUAAAGAAAAUAAUAAUACAAAAUCACAGAUAAAAAGUGAUAGAAAGACUAAGUUAAUCCAAGCUCCAAUUGACAAAACUAAAGACAAUAUAAGCUCUAAUAUUUUAGAAAAUACUGAUACUAAGCUAUUACCAAUAGAAAUCUCUCCUAUACAAAGCGAGGAAUCAACAAACCAAAGAUAG